ACUUUUCUAAAACCCUAAUUCUUCUCUCGAUCGAUCCGAUGCUGGCUCGGCUCUGACGGCGAUGGCGCUGGAUCGCCGCUAUGGCGCUGCGUGGAUGCGCGCUUUGAUCGGCCUCCUCCUCGGCAUUCUGCUCUGCGCUCCCGAGGAUGUUUCGGGUCAAGCAGUGUAUACCACAUCCUCUAGGUUCAAAUCCAAGACUUCGGUGCUCUCUCUUUUCGACAUGGCGCGCUCCAAAAAGUUCUGGACCGACACUCUGAUGUGGAGAAGCUAUGACGACUUCGAGCGAUUCGAGUCCCACGAUUUGAGCAAGAAAGCUCUUGCAAAUUUCACUGGCUCCGGAAGAAUUGCCAAGUAUCUAAACAUGACUGAAAUCGAUGCGAUCUAUCUACCUGUUCCAAUUACCUUCGUCUUCAUCGGCUUUGACGGCCAUGGAAACCAUGAUGUGAAGCUGCGAGAGGACGAGAUGGAGCGCUGGUUUACAAACAUUGAUCAUGUUUUGGAACACACGCGGAUACCUCAACUCGGUGACGAUCUUACACCCUUUUAUAAGGUCGGAGCUGAUGGUACCCCGAGGCCGCACCUCCCUCUUGUUAGCUAUACGCACUACAACUAUUCCGUGCAUACUAUCGAUAUGGGAACUGAAGUAACUAAGCUUUUUGAGUACGCCAUCAAAGUUCUCUCCCGGAGGGAAGAUACCAGUGACUCAAGGCCAGAUUCUGAAGUUACUUGGCAAGUGGACAUGGAUAGCAUGUCAUACUUAUUCGAGAGCUUAACGCACUAUUUGCAAUUGGAAGAUGCAUAUAACAUCUAUGUUCUGAACCCUAAGCGUGACGAGAGCAGAAAGACUUACGGCUACAGGCGCGGGCUGUCCAUUUCGGAAUUAAAACUUGUUGCUAAAAAUUCCAACUUGAAGUCGUUGAAGACAACAAAGCAGCGGAAUCCACUAGACAUCGAGAAGUUAAGAAAACCUUCACAUGAAAAACAUCCAAGGCAGAAGUUCUCUUGGACAUCCUCUCAACACAUGGACAUGAAACAAUGGACUCAGAAGUAUACAGAUGCACUCAAGUCAAUCGAGGCGUCAAUGAAAUCAAAAACCUCAGAAGAGUUGUUGUUUAUGAAAACUCAGCAGGUUCUCUCGGAAUCAAACCAUGACUUAGCCUUUUCUUUGAAAAGAACAUUGAAAAACCCAGACGCAUUCAAGACGGUAGAAGAAUGCCUCGUUGAUACGUGGACUGGUCAAGGGCGAUGGGCAUUCAUAGACUUGACGGCCGGUCCAUUCCAUUGGGGACCAACAGUUGGUGGCGUAGGCGUGCGUACGGUUGGGAGCUUGCCGUCCGUAGAGAAGCUCUUCGGUAGUUUAGCGGUCAACGGUGAAGGUAAUGAUCAGAUAUGA